CUUAUCCAACGUAUAGUGGGUCCGUUCCAUAGUUGAGAACCAGGAUCGCCCUCACUAAGCCAUUUCACGGUGCACCCGACCGAGACGACAACGACCUCCUCAGAACAAGGGGCUGUUAGGAGCAUCGGCACAGUGUUCUCGACGUCCGUGAUCAUCGGGGAGCCCGAUACCAAGAAGGAGUGGACCAGCAGUCACUUACCGCGCCGGUCACUUGGCAGCACCCGAUGAACGACGACGAGGACGAAAUCCGCAGCCCAGACGAAGGGGACUUCGGAGAGGAGAGAGAUGAAGAAGAAGAAGAAGGAGAAGAAGAAGAAGGAAAGGAGGGCGCAGGAGGGGGUGGCGCCGCCGUUCGCAGCUCACCAGACAGCGACUAUGACGCCGGAGGCGAAAAGCGCCACACCGCUCACUCUAUCUUCCAGGCCUGCAAAGACUAUCGCCAAAACAUCAUCAACCAAGCCAACUCGUACUCGUUCCGGGGGACCGUGCUUGCUGUGGGCGGGACGAUCUGCUUUCUCGUGCUGGCCGUCUCCAUAUUUUUUCUCAUCAUCUCCGGCAUGGGGGACGGCAGCAAGAGCAGCAAUGAGGGUGCGCGAAGUCACUGGCACCUCCGUUCCUCUUGGCGUAAUGAGACCUCAAUCAAGCCGUCUGACGAAGACAAUAUUAGCGGGCCGUUCGUGCUAGACCACCCACAUCCAGACGACUCGGUCGGAAAAGAAUUCGACCUAUACGGGAGCGUUGCCGCGUUCGCCGAAGACCUGUUCCUCGACGAGGAAGCUUCACCCCAGGAGCCGAAGAACACGUCCGGGCUAGAAGACAGCUAUCUGAACGCCUUGGACGUCAUUUGAUUCGCAGGGUUCCAGCCGGAGGCUCGAUCCGCUUGGCCCCAGGCUGCCUCAAUCGUCGGAGAGCAUGCCAGCGUGAAAACCAUUACUGUACGCGAAGUCUUCGACCAUAUGUAUACGUAUACAUUUGCUGAACACAUGGCAAUUAUUAUUUGUUCGUUG